CCCAAACCACCCGAGGGCAAUUUCGUACCAAAAGCAGCCAAAACCCUAGCCCUCCGAUCUAUAACUAGCGAGCCAGGAGAAACCCUACCAGUCGGUCCAGCCGCAGCCGCCGCCAUGUCGAAGCGAGGGAGGGGAGGCUCCGCGGGGAACAAGUUCCGGAUGUCGCUGGGGCUGCCGGUGGCAGCGACGGUGAACUGCGCCGACAACACGGGCGCCAAGAACCUCUACAUCAUCUCCGUCAAGGGCAUCAAGGGCCGCCUCAACCGCCUCCCGUCCGCCUGCGUCGGCGACAUGGUCAUGGCCACCGUCAAGAAGGGGAAGCCCGACCUCCGGAAGAAGGUCAUGCCCGCCGUCAUCAUCCGCCAGCGCAAGCCCUGGCGCCGCAAGGACGGCGUCUUCAUGUACUUCGAAGACAAUGCUGGAGUGAUCGUGAAUCCCAAGGGUGAGAUGAAAGGAUCUGCGAUCACUGGACCCGUCGGAAAGGAGUGUGCUGACCUGUGGCCCAGGAUCGCCAGCAACGCCAAUGCCAUCGUUUGAGAGCUUGUUUCAAGCUGUGAGACUGGUUAUAUAAUGUCAGUGUGGGUUGUAACUGUUUUGCCUGGGAAAUAGUGGAACUUUGCGUUGCUCUGUUUGUUUGGCAUCCCAGUUCUUAGUGAACAGAAGCCUGCCUGUCUACUUAGUUUAACAACUGUAACUUCGUUGCCAGGGAAAAUGGUGAACCUUGCGUA